AACUUUAGCCAAGGCAUCCAAUUUCAAGACCAGCGGUUUUUCCGUCUCUCUCUAUCUCUCUACAUAUCCUGCUGCCACCUCAUCUCACCGGGAAAAACCCUUCUCUCUUUCAUUACUCAUCUCCCACCUUAACUUCUCCAAUAUUCAUCACUCUUCAUUUAUUUAAUAUUCUAAUCCUCACUUUCACCUUGCCUCUUCAUUUCACACUUCAUAUAUUUCUUUUAUUCAUUUAUAUUUAUUAUUAUUAUUUUUUUUAAUUACUAUUAUUAUUUCACUAUUUUACUUCUAAUCUCCUCAUAACCGUUUUUAUCUUCAUCUUGCCUCAAGCAAAUUACUUCACCCCCUCCUACUACUGAUUGCCUAAUUUCGCUUAGCAUGAACCUCCACCCAAUCCGUACCGCUGUCGUCCACCGCUGCCGCCAUCUAACAACGCUUUUGCCGCACUGAUAUCGAUAUUAAUCUUCUACAUGCAUCCUUUCUGCUGCGUGUCCGCCAUUUCCGACCAGGCAUCGCCAGUGAAACCCUCGUUCGCCGACUUCCCUAUGCCGCCUCUCCCCGCCGCCGCCGCCGCCGUGAGAUCCGAUUCGGCUCCGCGGCACAGCCACAAGCACAGCCACAGCGGCAGUCAGCGGGAGCAGCCCGUGGACGUGAAGAUCAACGACCUCGUUGGCAACGGAAUCUCCGGAAUACUGUACAAAUGGGUGAAUUACGGCAAAGGAUGGCGACCUCGAUGGUUUGUACUCCAAGACGGUGUUCUCUCCUACUAUAAGAUUCACGGACCUGAUAAGAUCGUCGUGAAUCCCGAAACCGAGAAAGGCUCCAUGGUUAUCGGCGAAGAAUCCAUGCGCAGGAUCACUCGCAACCGCAAUUCCUAUCCCUGCCAGCACGUGCGAAAGCCGUUUGGGGAAAUCCAUCUCAAGGUUUCGACCAUUCGCGAGAGCAAAUCGGAUGACAAGCGCUUCUCGGUCUUCACCGGAACGAAGAGGCUCCACCUGAGGGCGGAUACGCAUGAAGAUCGCGUGUCGUGGACGGAGGCGUUGCAGGCGGUGAAGGACAUGUUCCCGCGGAUGUCGAACAGCGAGUUGAUGGCUCCGUUGGACAAUGUAACUGUUUCGACUGAGAAACUGAGACUUCGGCUAAUGGAAGAGGGAGUGAGCGAGGGGACUAUUCAGGACAGUGAGCAAAUUAUGAGGACUGAGUUUGCGGCGAUGCAAAGCCAGCUUGUGCUGCUUAAGCAGAAGCACUCAAUUCUCAUUGACACUCUGCGCCAAUUGGAGACAGAAAAGGUUGAUCUGGAGAAUACAGUAGUUGAUGAGAGCCAAAGACAGUGGAAUGAUGAAGAGGCUUCCUCAAGAUUAGCGCAAGAAAAAUUUAGUGAAGGAACCGGAAGUGAAUCUGAAGAUGACAAUGAUCGAAAUGAUGCUGCUGAGGAAGAAACUGACGAUGAUGACAAUGCCUUUUUUGAUACUCGUGAUAUUCUGUCGUCCAGUUCUUUUAAAAGUAAUGGGUCUGAUUAUAGAAUGUCAUCCUUCUCUUCAGAUGAUGAAGGGUUCUAUGCAUUUGAAUCAGAGGAUGACAUAGAUCCUUCGAUUAGAUAUGUUGGAACCAAUUACCCUCAUGUUAAGCGGCGUAAGAAAUUGCCAGACCCUGUAGAAAAAGAGAAAGGAGUCAGUCUGUGGUCAAUGAUUAAGGAUAAUAUAGGGAAGGAUCUAACAAAAGUUUGCCUUCCUGUUUAUUUUAACGAGCCUCUUUCCUCCCUACAAAAGUGUUUUGAGGAAAUGGAGUACUCGUAUCUCUUGGACCAAGCAUAUGAAUGGGGAAGAAGGGGUAAUAGCCUCAUGAGGAUUCUCUAUGUUGCGGCUUUUGCUGUAUCUGGCUAUGCUGCAACAGAAGGAAGAGUUUGCAAACCAUUUAAUCCAUUACUUGGGGAAACGUAUGAGGCUCACUAUCCGGAUAAAGGCCUUCGGUUUUUCUCGGAGAAGGUCAGUCAUCACCCUAUGAUUGUAGCAUGUCACUGUGAGGGUACGGGUUGGAAAUUUUGGGGAGAUAGCAACCUAAAGAGCAAAUUUUGGGGGCGCUCUAUUCAGCUUGACCCUGUUGGUAUUUUGACUUUGGAAUUUGAUGAUGGGGAAGUUUUCCAGUGGAGUAAGGUUACUACAUCAAUAUACAAUCUCAUAUUGGGAAAACUAUACUGUGAUCACUAUGGUACAAUGCGUAUACAGGGAAACCAAGAGUACUCGUGCAAACUGAAAUUCAAGGAACAAUCUAUAAUUGAUCGAAAUCCUCACCAGGUUCAUGGUAUCAUUCAAGAUAGGAAUGGAAAAACUGUAUCAACUUUGUUUGGAAAAUGGGAUGAAAGCAUGUAUUACGUUAAUGGAGACUACACCGGGAAAGGGAAAGGUCAUGAAUCUUUGUCAGAUGCCCGUUUGCUCUGGAAGCGAAGCAAGGCUCCCAAGAUUCCCACUAGAUACAACUUCACUCGCUUUGCCAUCACACUAAACGAACUGACCCCUGGUUUGAAGGAGAAGUUGCCCCCUACAGAUUCAAGGUUAAGGCCAGACCAAAGGUAUUUGGAAAAUGGGGAGUAUGACAUGGCAAAUUCAGAAAAGUUACGGCUAGAGCAGCGGCAGCGCCAGGCUCGGAAGAUGCAAGAGAGUGGUUGGAAACCACGGUGGUUUGCGAAGGAUAAGGCGAGCGGGACAUACCGUUACGUAGGUGGAUACUGGGAGGCCCGACAAAGGGGAAACUGGGACUCCUGCCCUGACAUCUUUGGCCAAAUUCCUUCUUCCGAUCAUAUUUCUGACGAAGUUCGCUGUCAUGUGCACCCAUGAAAUUCAUGUAACCCAAUCAGAUGAAAAUAUGAGCCAGUAAUAAUGUAAUUCUUUUUUAUUUUCAUUCCAACGCUAUUCAUACAAUCCUUGUUACUUGGAACAUACGUAAUAUUAUCAUAUCCACAGGAACGCAUUAAUCAA